CCCCCCCCCCUGGACAUUAAACCAGCAACAAUCAAUCUGAUGCUAUAAAUAAGAGCAACACGAUACUUUUUGAAAACUUCCUGUGUCAUGAGAGUAUUGGUACUUUGCAUACCUCAAUAUCUUUGUAUAUAUCCCGCAUUGUAUAGUAAUAGGAAAAACUUCAGAUAAGACCCUAUGAACGCUAUUUAAUGACUGGGUCCCUUGUCAUUGUUUGUUAUGACAUACUGAACUAACAGUAUUUUAUUGUAAGCGUAAAUAAAUACAUCAACUUUUCCUAAUGAUAUCUAUUAAAUAAAAAAGAUUGGGUACUAAAAAUAGUCUUUAUAAAUUUGUCUAAAUAUUCUUCAGUUGUGUUCAAUGUACAGAUGAAGUCUUGUUGAUUUCUAGCAAAGAAUUUUGCAGAAACCAAUGCUAAGGGUCAUCAUCCUUACAUUGACAUAAGAGCUUUUGGUCUGUGUUGAAGGCCUCUCUGUCUUUGAGAUGAAGAAUAGCUAUAAAAGUCUUGUUCCUUUACCAUUGGUUAUAUCUAGUAUGUGUAGGUAUUUUGUGUCAGAUCUUGUUCCUUUAUCACUGGUUAUAUCUAGUAUGUGUAGGGAUUUUGUGUCAGAUCUUGUUCCUUUAUCAUGGGUUAUAUCUAGUAUGUGUAGGGAUUUUGUGUCAGAUCUUGUUCCUUUACCAUGGGUUAUAUCUAGUAUGUGUAGGGAUUUUGUGUCAGAUCUUGUUCCUUUAUCAUGGGUUAUAUCUAGUAUGUGUAGGGAUUUUGUGUCAGAUCUUGUUCCUUUAUCAUGGGUUAUAUCUAGUAUGUGUAGGUAUUUUGUGUCAGAUCUUGUUCCUUUAUCAUGGGUUAUAUCUAGUAUGUGUAGGUAUUUUGUGUCAGAUCUUGUUCCUUUAUCAUGGGUUAUAUCUAGUAUGUGUAGGUAUUUUGUGUCAGAUCUUGUUCCUUUAUCACUGGUUAUAUCUAGUAUGUGUAGGGAUUUUGUGUCAGAUCUUGUUCCUUUAUCAUUGGUUAUAUCUAGUAUGUGUAGGGAUUUUGUGUCAGAUCUUGUUCCUAUAUCACUGGUUAUAUCUAGUAUGUGUAGGGAUUUUGUGUCAGAUCUUGUUCCUUUAUCAUUGGUUAUAUCUAGUAUGUGUAGGGAUUUUGUGUCAGAUCUUGUUCCUUUAUCAUUGGUUAUAUCUAGUAUGUGUAGGGAUUUUGUGUCAGAUCUUGUUCCUUUAUCAUGGGUUAUAUCUAGUAUGUGUAGGGAUUUUGUGUCAGAUCUUGUUCCUUUAUCAUUGGUUAUAUCUAGUAUGUGUAGGGAUUUUGUGUCAGAUCUUGUUCCUUUAUCACUGGUUAUAUCUAGUAUGUGUAGGGAUUUUGUGUCAGGAAUUAAUUUUUCUCAAUAGUUAUGAAACAUAGUUUAAAGAGAGACAAGUGACUAUCAACAAUUUUGAUAAAAUGUGGUACAUUACCUGAUAAGCCUCUAUUAGUUUGCCAACUUCCAGAUUGUCUUUGAUAUCUUUACUUGUAAAUGAAGAGAAAGGUGCAACACUGCCUCCUAAAGAUGGUGGUCUGACAAACUCCUGGCCUUCAAAAUAUGCUUUCCAGGACUUCAAAAAUAAA